AUGAGUUUUUUUUGUUAUGGAUCAGAUGUUGGUAAUUCUAGUUUAGCAUAUCCGUAUGGAGUCAACUUUGCAUCUGCAGGAGCUGGUGCUCUGUUGGAAACUCACCAAGGGCGAUCGGUGAUUGAUGUUAAAAGUCAGAUUAUUAAUUUCAAGAACGUGAUCGACGAAAUUUCUGAGGGAGAAACGGGGUGA